GAAGACCUGUCGCGCGAUUGCGGCGUCUGCUCAAUGGAUAUCUUGCAGCAUCUGGCCGAGGGGGCCGGCAAGAACUCUUGGACGCAGCUCCCCGAGAUUGCGCUGUUGGAUGAGCAGGUGGAGCUCUACGGCGUGGGCGACGAAGCAUUUCUCUUGGAGCAAGGAGGUUUCGUGCCCCUGGGAGAAGCUCGUUGCUGGGACGUCCCCGGAGAAGGUGAACCCCAGUGGUCUUUUGCUCCUCAGACGCGGAUGGUUCUGGACCUGGGGGCUUCGCGCGCCGUGUGGCCAACAGGACUGAAGAUUGCGCUUCUCGUUCCGGAUCUCUUGGCUUCAACGGAUGCGUUCAGCCUGGACAUUCGCUUGGAAGGAGUUGGGGAAUUCCAGGAGGCAAGGGAGACCCUGGCAUCCGCGAUUUUCCGAAUCCGUGGCCGAGAAUCC